GCUCGCCGACAUUCUCGACUCCAAGUCCGCGUUGUUGGGUCAGCAGGCGACAGAGGAGCGUUGCCCCAAGUGCUCACAUCCACGUGCCUACUUCGAACAGAGGCAGACACGGUCUGCCGAUGAGCCUAUGACGCUCUUUUACACAUGCUGCUCAUGCAGUUACAAGUGGCGGGUCGAUUAAACUUGCAGAAGCUUUGGAAUUCCGCGAGCAUUCGAUGUAUCAUGAGCCCUAGUUCCAUGGGUCCCAUGAAAGUCAUAAUGAAUAAGGCCAAGGGAGAGCUAAAGAUGCUCGAGGCGAAGAUGCCAGAGGAGAAGCACUUCUUUUGCGGCGGCGACCGGAGCGUCGCAAUCGCGGCGGAGCUGCUGCGGCAGGGCAAGGUAAUCGCGGUGCCGACGGACACGGUCUACGGUCUCGCCUGCCUGGGUGCGAAUUCGUGUGCUAUUCAGCGGCUGUACGAGAUCAAGCGGCGGGACGAGGGUAAGCCGCUGGCGAUCUGCCUGAGCAAUGUCAAUGAGGUAGGUACGUGGGGCUGCCUGGACGACGUGCCGGCCGGCAUGCUGGAAAGUCUGCUUCCCGGGCCGUACACGAUAUGCCUGCGGCGCACGCGCGCCCUGAACCACGCCCUGAACCCCGGCCUUGACACCGUGGGUAUCCGCGUACCCAACGACAAGUUCGUGCGCAGCGUCGCUCAGAUUGUCGGCCCACUCGCGCUCACCAGCGCCAACGUCAGCAACGAGCCAAGUAGUCUGCACCCGGACGAGUUCCGUGCGCUGUGGCCGGAGCUCGAUGGAAUCUUCUACGGCCCUAAGAACUCGAAGAAGCAGAUCGAUCAACGUAGGGUUGGUUCCACCGUGGUGGAUGUGUCGAAGCCGGGUUGUUUUACGGUCGUGCGUCAUGGCAUCGGCGCGAGUAUCAUUAUUGGGACAUUACGCAAGUACGGUUUGAAAAAGAUCACCGAUACGUCGGAGUAACGCUAUUAUGCGACAUGUGAUUGAAUUCUUGGUAUUAAGUUAUGAGCGUAUCUAGGAAUUAUGUGUUACUUAGUAAUGUUGAUAAUUUGUACAACUUUGAAGAUGUAAAUACAAAAGAUUAUGGAUAUUUUAUAUUAUUUCUUUGUAUCGCAUAUUACUAUAAUACAAGUUAAACUGAAAAGACAACAUAAAGUUGUUAAAAGUUACAAUUGAACAGUAUGUAAAUAUGUAUAUAAAUGUGACUAAAACUUGA